AUGGCUUCUUCUUCUUCUUCUUCGUCGACCCAUCAACUGAAGAAAUACGAUGUGUUCAUUAGUUUCAGAGGAGCUGAUGUUCGCGUUGGUUUUCUGAGUCAUCUGCAAGAAGCAUUGCGCCGAAACCUAAUCAAUGCUUUUGUGGAUGAAAAUCUUGAUAAAGGAGAAGAAAUCUCAGCAUCCCUCUUGGACAUAAUUGAAAAAUGCAAUAUUUCCAUUAUUAUUUUCUCGGAAAAUUAUGCACAAUCUCGGUGGUGCUUGGAUGAAUUACUGAAGAUAAACGAGUGCAAGAAAACCAUGGGACAAAAAGUCUUGCCGGUUUUCUACAACGUAGAUCCAACACAAGUUCAAGAGUUGACAGGCAGCUUCGGGGAUGCAAUUGCAAAGCAUGUUGAAGAAUUCAAGGACUCUUUGUAUAAUAAGGUGGAGAGCUGGUCCCAAGCUUUGAGAGAAACUGCUGGGUUGGCAGGCUUGGUCUCCCACAACACUAUGUAA